CACAUUAAUUAAUUUGUCGACCAGGAUUAGUCACUCAUUAGUCAUAUUUUUUUGUCCUUACAGGAGAGAAGGAGAGAAAAGACUCACAGAUCACAUUGGCGAGCUUAAGAAGCAAUUGGCUGCCAGAGAUCUAAUGAUUCAAAGAUUGCAAAAAGAUCUGAAGGGAAAGGACCAGAGCAAUCACCAACUUGUGGACUCCAAUGCUCAUGGCAACGAGAAGAUCGGUUCAUUUGCUGGCGAUGCCAAAUCAUUUGAUACUUAUACAGAGGAGUGCUCGGGCAGCAUGACCCACAAGGAUGUUCUUAUCAGAAAACUGAAGAACGACUUAGAGCACUCGCGAAAACAGCAGCAAGACACGGCCAGGGAAUUACGAGAGUGUGAGCUUUCUAUUGUGCGGCUUCAGGGACAGAUGGGCAAGUUACAGGACGAACAGUCGCUGAAGCGGUCAGACGUGGCAGCUAAAGAUCACACUAUGAGAGUCAUGGAGCAACAGCACUUGGACAGCAAAGUACAGGUUGCAAGACUUCAAGAGGAAAACCGCGAGCUGAAGACCAAAGUCCGGUCGUUAAAAGACUCCGAGGGAGGUAUCCCACUGGAUCUGUCACGAGAAUUCGAACAGAGAGUAAAGCGGUUGGAAGCUGAACUGGAGGUAGCUGAGGAUCAAAGACGGAAAGCCGCUCAGGAAGUGGUGAAACUACAGAGUCAACUGAGCGAGAGUCAACACGCUGCCAGAGGACACAAAGAAGUACUAGUUAGCGAGCUGAGUUCCAGGGAUUCUGAGCUUGACAGUAUAAAGGACCGAUAUAAUGCUGCGCUAAAGGAUAUCCAUCAAUAUGAAAAGGAGAUUCGCGACCUUAAAUCAGAACAAAAUAACUGCACUUACGAGCUGGAGAAAAAUAAAAUUCACAUUCAGCAACUCGAAGGAGAUGUUGUGAAGUGUCGUGAGCAGGUGUCCCGUUCGGAAGAGGAAUGUCGAGCGGCGCAGAGAGAGUUAAAACGACUACAGAUGGCUUCUAAUGACCAGCGAGAUGCAUUAGCAAACGAGGUUGCUGAGCGCCAUGAUGUCAUUUUAACGUUGAAGACGGAACUGUCGACUCUGGACGAUAAACACAGAGAAGCAGUCGCCCAGCUUUCUCAUCGGAAUAAUGUGAUUCAGAAACUUCGGAACCAGAACAAAGAGAUGACCGACACGAUCGAAGAGUACAGCCGCAAGCAAGCGGAGCUCGAAAGCAAACUGAACGUCGCUAACAAGAGGCUUUCGGACUUGGAAGGCCGCUUGGAGAGGAACCAGUUAAGCAGCUUGGAAAAGUCUGACCAUCUCGGCAAAAUGGUUGAAGAUAAAGAUGUAGAGUUGCGGGAACUAAAGUCGGCCCUUGCAAACCUUAAAGAUCAUCAUGAUCAAGCCCAAUCUAAGGUCUCCCACCGAGAGGAAGCUUUACAGAGACUUCAAGCUCAACAGAAGGAUUUCGUAGAAGAGGUGUCUCGACGGGAGAAAGCCAUUCAAAAGCUUGAAUUGGAGCUUCUCACAGCGCAAGAAAACCAUCGAAGAGCACUUGAUGAUAUUACUAGACGUGACGAGACCAUUCAGCAGCUGGAGGGAGACCUGGACACCAGCAGAAAGCAGCUCAAGGAUGCGAUCGAAGAGAAAGGAAGACUCGAAGCUAAAAUUCAAGCAUACAAGAUCUCUACACAGAGCGAACAAGACGUACUGGCAGAAGAGGUCGGCAAACGAGAAGAAGCCAUUCACAAGCUUAAGAUCGAGAAGUUAGCUCUGCAGGAACAACAACAAAAGGCUGAAGAUAAUGUCCGAGAGCACGAGCGAGCGGUAGAGAGACUUCGGCAACAGUAUGAAGACUGUCUACAAGAUAUGCAGCAAAGGAAUACUGCUGUGGUUGACAUGGAAGCAAAACUGAACGAUAUGAAAUCCAAGUCCGAUGAAUACACUGAUAAGCUAGAGCAUUACGAAGACACCAUACGGGAACUUAACUUCAAAAUGACGUCACUUCAAGGUGAUCGGGAUCAGAAGGAACACGAGGCUGAAAUGAAAGAGGAUACCAUUCAGCAUCUGGCGUCGGAAAUGGAUGAGUUACAGGAGCAACACAGAGAUGUGUUGGCCAAGAUGUCCAAGAGGGACGAAAUGAUCGACCGCUUGAAAGCUGAAACAUCUUAUUUAAAAGAUCAACAAAGAGACAAAGAACGAGAGAUCUCUCAGCAGCUGGACGUGAUUGGCCGCCUAGAAAGAGACCUGAACGAAAGUAGCCGAGAUCUGGAGAACUUGAGACAAAAAGCAGCUGAGGAUGUGGCGAUUAGAGAUAAAAGAAUUGAACAACUGGAAGCAGAAUUCACCGACACUCAACAACAAUACACAGAGUGCUACGACGAGCUUGUUCGCCAGGAGGGGCUUAUGGCAAAGUUACGCGAUGAAAUAACUUCAUUGCAAGAUGACGUUUCCAAGUCAACCGAUCAGGUGGCGGAUUCUGAAGAAGCUAUUCGCAACCUGGAAAUGGAGCUGGCCAUGUCACAGGAAAAACAUCGCACGUGUACACAAGAGGUUGCCAAACGAGACGAGACGAUUCUGAGCCUGCAGUCUGAACUGGACGCCACUCAACAGGAGUACGAGACAUGUAGCAGUGAACUGUCAGAGCGAGAGCAAGAAGUGUCAGAGCUGAAAGGAAAACUCGGCAAAGUAGAAGUAGAACUAAAAGGGGUCAAAGCACAAAGCGAAAGUGACGAAAAUAAGAUCGCAAGUGAUGAUAAAGAAAUACAACAGCUGAAGACCGACAAAGCUCGGCUAAUGCACGAGGUUCAAAGGCUGAUGCAGACUGUGGAACAUUUAGAAGGCACCAUGACAGAUUCAGAAGAGGGACAUUCAUCAGAGCUUAAACGGCUAAAUGCAGAGAUCGAGACGCUGGGAGCCAACCUCACUGAAGUCAUGCAGAAGGAAAACGACACCGCUAACCAACUUCAAGAUGAACGCGAGAAAAAUAAUAAGUUGUCCCGUGAGCUACAACAACAUCAAAAACUGAACGAGGAAUCACUUCAAGAGAUUGAGCGUUGUGAGCAAACUAUCCGACGGCAAGAACAAGAUUUGACAGAGACAAGAAAUCAGGCGUCAAGUUUGAAAGACAAGCUUAAAGAAUUGGAGUCACACAGUCACCAACUCCAGAAAAGCAUCAGCUACUAUAAAAGCCAGUUUAAUCAAAGUGUUACACAGGUCAAUCGAUGCGAAGCGACGAUCAAGAAUCUUGAGAGAACUUUGAAAGAGGCUCAAGAACAGGCGGUAAAACGAGAAGAAGAAAUCAACCAACAGUCUCAAGAACUCGCUAACUUGAGGCAAAGCUUCGCCAGUGAAAGUGAAAAGGCUCAAAAACAAAGCAACGCAAUGGAAGAACUUGACAGAGAACUUCGUCUUGCACAAGAUGCCUGCCAAAGAUUGAAAAGCCAGGUUUCCCAUUGCGAAGACAAUAUUCACAAUUUGAAGCAGAAACUCUCGGACAAACAGAAAGAGGGGUCUAUUCAAGAAGAGAGAGCCCGGCAUCUUCAGGAAGAUUUGAACGCUUCGCGAGAGAAGUACGAAAAGUCUCAGGAAGAGAUUGCAGAGAAAGAAGAGAAAAUCCGAAGUUUACAAAACGCGAUUCUGGCCGAGAAGGAACAACACGCUCAAAGAGUUCAACAGGUUACAUAUUAUGAAGAGCGAAUGUUGGAAGUGGAAGACGAGCUGGGUAGAGUGAAAGAAGACAGACGACAGGCAUCCAUACAGGUUACCCGUAGUGAACAACUCAGCCAGCAGCUACAGAAAGAACUGACCAACGUGAAACAGAAGAACAAGAAUGAGAUGGCGAAAAAGGAAGAAAUAGUUCGGCGACUGGAAGGCGAUUUAUCAAGCCUGCAAGAAACAGUCAAAAGCUACGCUGAGGAGGUCGCUCAGUUGAAUGGCAAGCUCACGGCCACGCAGACAACCCUUACAACACGUGAUCAGGAACUCAGAGAAAAAGACAACGAGAUCUACACUUACGAACAGACCACAGCUGAAAUGAACGAGCAACUUACUACCAUCCAGACGAACUGUAACCACUUGGAAGAAGAGGGCUCUAAGCUGCGCGCUAGACUUAUUCAAUUAGAAGAAGAAUUGUCAAAUACCCGACAACAGCACAGAGACGCCGCGCAAGAGCUCGCACGCUGUGAGGAGAGACUGGGUCUAGUGGAGCAGAGUUUGUCUUCAACUCAAGACCAGCUGAGUGCCAGAGUGUCAGAGGUUGUGAGAUUGGAGAAAGCUAAUCGCAGAUUGCAGCUGGAACUGAAGAGCACUAAUGAACAACAAGAAGUGCAAAAUCGACAGAUUGGAGAGCUGGACGGAUAUCUGGAGCAGCUUAAGGCUGACUUACGAGUGGCCCAGCAAAGACACCAGGCAGCUGUAGAGGAGGCGGCCGCGUACGAGGAUAAAGCGAGGAGACUGGAAAUAGAUUUGGAGACUGCACAGAAGGAAAACCAAGUUAUUAGCGAACAGUUUAACGAGCAACUGGAAAGCGCACGGGAACUGGAAACGCAACAAGCGCAGCUCAGAGGACAAAUACAAGAAGCACAAAAACACAUCCGUCAUUGUCAAAAUGUGAUGGAAGAGCAAGAACACAAGAUCUCCUCCUACAUCGAACAACAAGAGGAAUUUAAAUCCACGAUUCGGGAUAAAGAAAAGUCAAAUGGUCAGCUGCGAGAGGAGCUUGGCGGAGUAUUGGAAAAGAACAAGAAUAUCAUGGAGGAGAUCGCAGCACGAGAUGCCGACAUCCGGGUCCUGAGAACUGACCUGAGCUCGGCACAGAAGAAAAUUAAGAACCAUACAAACGAGGUAUUGGCGUGUUCUGUGCUAACAUUCAGCAGAUUACACUNAGUCAGAAAGUUAAAGACCGACUUGAAAAGAGCUCAGGACAAAAAUAAAUAUUCUGAUGGAGAGAUCCAACAAUAUUCCAGAAAUAUCGAAGAACUAAAAAGUCAACUAGGCGUGUCUCAAGAAAAGCUUCAAAAACAAAGUCAAGAAGCCGCAAGAAGAGACGAACAACUGGUCGUGCUUAAAGUUGAGCUUGCGACAUUACAGGAAAAACAUCGGCUUAUACAAGAUGAGAAUGAAAAACUGAAGCAAGAAUUUAUCAUUUCACGGCAACAACAUCAAAGUUGCUUGGAAGAGGUCCAGACCCUUCGCGUAUCUCUUGAGGACGCGCGGGCAAAUGGCGAUCGACUGCAUAGAGAGAGCGAACUUGUGGUUGAAAAUGUGAACAGCUGGGUGAAAGAACAGAAGCAAGGAAACGAAAGGCUUGCAGGAAGAUUACGAGAGCAAGAGGGACGAAUUUCAUCUCUUCAGUCUGAAAAAGAACGCCUCACUGAGUCAACAGACACACUGAAGAAGGAGAAUGCUAUUAUUAAAAGCGAGUUAGAGGAGAGAAGAAUGGAAAGUGAACGACUAAAGGUUAGUUUUUCAUUCGCUUCUUGACCUAUAUUUUGUGUAUUUCGGAAUUUGCGAGAGAGGUUUUCCCCUUUUAUUCGACACCAUAACAACAACAACAACAAACAAACAAACAAACAAACAAAACUCAACCAAAAAACUGACUGGUUACACAAGUUUCUCUUAAGCGUUUUUUGUUUUUUUGUUUUUUUGUUUUUUUCAUUACAUAAUUAUGUACUGAUAGACCGCAAGNGAUCCGGUCAGAAAGAUAAAGUCAGGUCCAUCAUGAGGAAGGAAAUGGAUAAAGCAGGUGUAAAGGAUCCUCAAGUUCUGGACAAGUCUUAUUGGAUCAAAAGAGUUGCUGUCAAUUCAACUACAGCAAAGCAGCGAGUACUGGGCCCAAAAAGUACGAGAUUUAACAGCACAGAUUGAUAAUGAAGAAGUAUAACUUGAACAGCUUCAAAGGCCUUGGGAAAAGAUUAAUUAGACUGGAUUGUUUCAAUUUCUUCUGACAUAAACUGUAUUAUGGCUUUCGCUUUCUGGGUAUGAUAACAUACUACGAAUUAGGGACAAAAAAUUAUACCUCUAGUUAGGAAUUGCGAACAAUUAUGUAGGGAUAAGAUAUUGAUUUUAGAAUUACCUUCAUUGAAAAGCUGACCUGGAAGUACUUUAACAUUAAUUCGCCAGAGCAAAAAUUAGCUAUCUUUCACCUUAAUUACGCUAAGCUUAUACGUUCAGUCUUUGAAAUAUCGAGAUCAAUUCUUUUUUGGAAACGUUAAGUCAGACAGUGUUUAUUUUUAUGAAGACAAUUUUUCAGUUGGUUUUCCACAGCCAUAUUUUUAACAAAUACAAAAUAAUAUAUUUCAUUGUUAACUGCUAGGUGAAUAUGAAAGUCUCUCUUGUGAAGAGAACGUAAAGCUGUAUAAGCUGUGAUAUACAUGACAUGAGAAAUAUUAUAUAUUAUUGUUUUUUUCCGUAAUUUUAAAGAAUUAUGUUUUAUUUAUUGACAAAUAAGUUUUUAUUUCAUUCGUAUAAAGAAAUGUAAAAAUUGUCAAUAAAUGUUCUACAUGCCGCCAGA